UAUUGAUGUCUCAGCGGACGUCCCCUCAUCACCUGAUGUCCCCCCACCUGGUGUCCCCUCACGUGAUGUCCCCCCACCUGGUGUCCCCCCACGUGAUGUGCCCCCACCUGGUGUCCCCCCACCUGGUGUCCCACCGCCAGCAAUCCUUCCAACAGGAGUCCCUCCCCCAACAAUCCCUGCGCCAGCUAUACCUCCGCGUCCUGCACCUCCGCGGGCUACACCUCGGCCAGCUGUCCCUCCCCCAGGCAUGCCUCCUCCACCUUUGCCGUCACCCACUACGCCAAGUCCUACACCAAGUCCUACACCAAGUCCUACACCAAGUCCUAGACCAAGUCCUACACCAAGACCUACGCCGAGACCUACGCCGACACCUACGCCGACACCUACGCCGAGACCUACGCCAAAACCUACGCCGAGACCUACGCCAAGGCCUACGCCAAGACCGACGCCAAGACCGACGCCAAGACCGACGCCAAGACCUACGCCAAGACCUACGCCAAGACCGACGCCCAGACCAACGACUCCAACUACUACUACGAGGACGACAUUCUCGGUCAACGAGCUGGUCUGUACGGUCGGGGCCUUCGCGAUCUACCCCACCAUGAUCCCGACGGACGGCCUGUGCAAUUACGUCUACUACAGCGACGUCAUAAUGGCUCGCGACACCCUGUACGGUGCCCUGGUCGCUAACAGCUGGACGAUGUUCCAGAGUGCGAUGGGGACGCGCAGUCGCACUUCUGGUGGCAUCGGAUUCGAUAUCCGGUACUCAACCGCCGCUGGGGUCAGCGCAGGGAUAGAGAAGAAGCUAAACGAACUUGUGAACAAAAACAUCAAGCACUAUGGUGUGCUGAACCUGUUGCAUAGAGCGUCAAAGAUGAAGGUCCUCUUCAACAAAGCAAAAGAACUUCUUCAAAAACUGAAAGGGGUCCAAGGCAACGACGCGACGAGAAAAACGCUAUUAGCUUUCGGAAUAUACAAUUACCGCGACAAGCACGCGUAUGCAAUCCUGCAGGACAUUUUUUCCGACGCUAUCAACAACCACGUGGCGGACACGGUCAUCGUCUACAGUUCUGUGGGGUGGAUUCAUAGACAAGGAGUAUGCUACAGCCACCCAACUUCCGUUUUCGACACGAGCUUGUUCAAGGGAUCGGCUCUCAGGGACGCCGACCGGGCACCUUCCAUCAGAAGGAUUGCACAUAUGAUGCGCAGAAGCGUUCGGUACACAGCCGAUACCAAGAUGGGUCUUUCCUUUGAGCUCGGCACACUCGUGUACACUUUGAAGAAGGCUUAUCCGGGCAGCUUCGUCACGGACGAAAUGGUCAACGCUGAGUGCACCGUGCUCUUCGUCACCAGCCUGGACGUUGCGCCUUGCAAGGUGGAUUUGCUGCAGAGGCGAGUUGAGCUAUUCGAAGACGUCAACGUGGCACAAGUGAGAGGCGAUAAGAAGAAGGCAAUGUUCUUCGAGAGCGAAGACACCCUCAGAAGAAAGUGCCUCAAACUGGCCCUCAAUUCCACCGACCUGCGGCCGGACAUGUCCUUGUUGCUGGUGAACGCCCACCUCGGGGACCCCACCAAGAGCUGCACCGGUCUCGACGGUCGUGAAAGGGGCGAAAUAUUUUGGCGUAUCCAAGUUGUCAAGACAGCGCUCAAUAUAACGUGACGCCGAGCCGUGAGCAUGCAGCUUGCGAGAAGUUCCGGACCGUGUGGCGCCAGGGGCGGAGUGCUUCAGUGUGCCUUGUCCCAUUUUGUGCGUUAAAGUGAUACCGCCUGGGAAACUGUAUUUCUUUUUUCGCCGUCGUCACUUAGCCUAACCCAACUAUAUUAUAUUU